AUGACAUUUAAAAAUAUUGUAGAGGGAGUCCAUGGAUUCACAUUGGAGAAAUACUCGUUGUGUAAGGGCUUCGGCGUAGGAGAAUGCUUUCAGGGUAGCAACAAUUUCACCGUCGGAGGCCGCACGUGGGCUAUUUACGUCUUUCCCGAGGGGACAAUAUCGGACAAAACCCACGGUGGAGACAGAUACGAACAAGGACACGUGUACUUUGGUCUUCAUAUUCGUCUUGUCAGUACUAAAAGCGACAAAGUCCUUUUACGUUUUAAGAUGACGAUACUCGACCAGAGUGGUAACGGCGAUCAUUGGACACAGUCUUCGCUUCACCUCUCCCCUGUCUCUAUCGCCCCACUUCAGGAUUCAAACUUCCCAUGCUUUAUCGAUCGAGAAAUUCUCGAAAGUAAUAAUUCUUCCUAUCUUAGAGAUGACUGCAUCAAAAUCGAAUGCACAAUCGGGGUUGUGGGCCCGCCCGACAUGCGAUUAAUCUCGAUUCCGAAAUACUGCAACGAUGUUGGAGUCGAUUUUCUUGCCAUGUUCAAGGCAGGGGAAGGUUGUGAUGUUGUUUUGAAUGUGAGGGGACAUAAAUUCCGUGCACAUAGGGUGAUUCUAUCGGCACGCUCCUCGGUUUUUAAGUCCAUGUUUGCUCCUAGUAAAAAAGAAAUAAUCAUCGGAAACGUCGAGCCUCGGGUGUUUAAGGCAUUAUUGCACUUUAUAUACUCGGACACUUUCCCGGAAGAUGAAAAGUGUUUGGUGGAUGGAUAUGCAUUUGGGGCGGCAUCGGUAUCGAGCACAAUGGCAGCGAAAUUGUUUGCAGCAGCAAAUCAAUAUGAUAUGAAGCGUCUGAAAAGCAUUUGUGAAUCUCAUUUGUGGAGGAGCAUUUCUCUUAAACGCUUCGGCGAGAUUUUGUCGCUAGCGGAGCUGUGUAAUGCGCCCGAUUUAAAGCUUCUUUGCUUCAAAUAUGCUGCUGAAUACUAUGAUGGUACAUAUAGUUGUUUCGUUUAUAAUUAG